GUUGGAGGCAGAUCAUACACAAAGCUCCAACUGCAACACCACAUUAAUGGGACUCAGUAAUUACCUGCACCCCUGGAUCCUGUUGUUCCUGGCAGCCUCAGGGUCUGUCUCUUGCUCAAGGAAUGUAUCGGGCACCGUGGGCAAAUCUGUGACUCUUCCAGUGACUCUGACUCUGCCUGCACAGAGUUCAAUACAAUGGAAGUUUAAGAAUGAUUUUAUUGUGACUGCGCAGCCGAACGGUAUCCCCUUUUAUUAUGGUGCCUACGAAGGCAGAUGCCACCUGUAUGAGAACGCAGCUCUCCAGCUGGACAAUCUCACUCUCAAAGAUACGGGGGAAUAUACACUCACUGUAAUCCCAACAAAUGGAGCAACACAAACAGAAGUGUUUUAUCUCUCAGUUUACAGUCCACUUUCCUAUCCAACUCUCAAUGCGAACAAUGCUUAUCCUGUUAAUGACACUAGUGUGACCCUCCAUUGUGAUGCUGGUGGCCAGAAUGUGGUUAAUUACACUUUUUACAAAGAUGGAGUAACUGCCUGCUCCCAGCCCCAUGUGACCUGCAACAAAGACUUCCUGUACUUCCAGCCAAUCACGAUAAGUGACACCGGGAGAUACACCUGUAAAAUAGAGAAUCCUAUCAGCACUAACACCAGCCAGCCGCUCAGUAUAAUAGUCAUAGGACGAGUAUCUGGGGUGACACUGAGUAGUAAUGCAUCUUCAGGGCUGCUGUGUCCUGGGAAGGAUUCAGUGAAUCUAACAUGUUCAGUUCUUGGCACUAAUGUCACCUUCUCCUGGUACCUGGAUGGAGCACCAUUACCUCCAGACUCCAGAUAUCACUUAAUGAAUUCCAACUCCAGCCUCAUUAUCAGUCCUGUGGAGAGGACAGACAGUGGAUCCUUCAUCUGCAUUGGCUCUAACAGUCUGAAUAGUGAGACCAGUAACCUCCUGACUCUCAGACUUGGAUGUACUCCUGAUGGAAAUGUCCAGUGUAAUGCAGUCAGAUUGGGUCAGAUCGUGAGACUAAGCUGUUCUUGGCCUGGAGGCAACCCUGCUGCAAAUGUUACCAUGAUAUUUCAGAAUACCAGAUACACAGAACAGGAUACAGUGACUAUGGAUGUACCCCUUAAUGUCAUCUCCUCUGGAGCUGAACUUACCUGUCUGGGAACACAAGAAGGACACUUUUCAUUCAGCACAAUGAUAUUAGGAACUGCAAUGGGGGCAACCAGUAACUCUGUCUCUUUAGUGACAAAAGGAGAAAAUGUCACCAUGUCUGUCAACUUAAACUGGAACAGAAAUGUUUCUCCCAGAAUUCAAAUCCUUCCUGCAACAUUCUCCUGGUUCCAUCGUAGUUCUGACCGCCCUCUUUCAGUCAGUGGAGGAAAGAUCUCUGUCAUUUCCAGUGAUUAUAAAUCAGAGCUGGUGAUCUCUUCAGUGACUUCCAGUGACAAUGGAAUUUAUGAAUGUGUUGCUGAAAAUUUUAUAGGAAAAUCAACUUUCCUCUUUGAACUCAGUGUGACUGCAGGUUCCAACCAACUGUCUCCUGGUGCAAUAGCCGGCAUUGUGAUCGGUGUACUGUUUAUUGUAGCACUGAUACCUCUCACCAUCUUCUUCAUUCUCCGCAAGAAGAACAACAAAAAGACUCCAACGCCCUCAAAUCCUGUAUAUGAGAAUACAGGCCCUCAAGCACCAAACACUUAUGACCGGGUCAUUGUAGGCUCAAAGGAGAACAUGGCAGAAAGUAAGCCUCAGGAAUCUGGCUAUCAGGAACUUCAAUUCCCGCAUAAUAACGUGUAUAAUCAUUUGCGGAAAACUCCCAGAUAAUAAUCCAGAUUAGUCUCAAUGCUGAUAAUUCAAACAAAUUCCUAGUAUUGGAGCACACAAACUGGGGACCAGAACACAGCGGGACAAAACGAAAGUCAGAAAAAGUUAUUCAUCUCCCCAGACAGUAUUUAAAGAAGCUCAGUGUGGAGACAUCAGAGGCAUUUUACUUAUUCUGCUCUGUUUUAGUGAGAUGUUAUACUUUGAAUGUGUGACAUUAUAAAUUCUCUAUCUCUUUUAUUCUGUAAAGUGCUGCAGGAGACAACGAUGGAAUGUACAUAAUACUUCUAUUUGCCAAACAUACUUCUGUACUUUCUUUUCAGUCUGAAAUUUGGCCACACGCCCUAAGCCAGACACCAACUUAUAUAACUGUUUUCCUGAAAAGAAAUAUGAGGCACUCGGGGGGGCAGAAUCAGUCACAAAGAUCUUCAUUGCCAUAGGCUUACAUCAUUCCUAGGUUGGUGCAUUAUAUCUGUUGAUGAGAUACUCAUUUCUUCCUUAGCCAUCUGUUAGAUUUUACUUCUACUUUAACUGCUAAAUGUAUUUCUAAUAGUCAUGUUAAAGAAAGGUCUUUAUGCUGGAAGAAAACAUAUUAUGGCGUUGAAAACUGAAAAUAAAAGAAAUUGAUCAUA